CAGCAGGACAUUCAUGAAGAAUGGUUCUCCUGAUUCUGACUUGAAGUUGAAGAUCCGCCAUUCACAACGUCAAUGUCAACAGGCCUGCAUUACAUACAGCUCUGCAUUCUGUUUAAGAUGCUAUUUGGAGCUGGACGGAGAGCUUUUUGUGUGGGUGAUUGCUUGAUAUGCGAGCAAGAAGAAGUAUCAGGCCGUCAAUGCCCAGGCCAGUGUUAAGUGUUUUACUGUAGUGUCAGGUCUUUAAUUUGAGGAACAGGAACUCAGUUCCUGCAGCACGCAACUUCGAUCCUUUGCAUAGAUUGAUUUUCCAUUCCUCUGUCACAUUGGCUGGCACUCCGUCAAGCAAGCUGCUUGUUGGAUCAAGCCAGGCAGCAUGGCAGUGUCAAGCAGGGCAGUCAUCGCCCAGCUUGAGCACCGCAGCUUCUCCUCCAGCUGCUGCAGGAGGGAUCCUUCCGAUGUUUUGCUCGCUAACUUUCCAGCUAAACCUGUGCAUUUACCAAGUGGUGGGGCUCUCUCAAAAGAUAGACGCCGAGGCCACUCAGAAGUGCACAAGCAGAAACUGUUCUGUGUUGCACGUCUUAUCAACAAUCAGACUCGUAGGAGGGGAUGUGGUACCGCAUCCUUGCAGAAUGGAUUACCGGCUGAUGAAUGGCACAGAUCAUCACCAGAGAAUGCCCUGGGGCCAUCUAUAGCGUCUCAGCGAAGGGGCCAGUCGGAUGUGCGCACAUUGGCAGCAGGUGAAGCUGCAUCCAUAGAAGAGGCCCAGCUGGAUGAGGCAGCUUUGAAGGUUCAGGAAGGGAAGCGGCAAAUUGGCCUCGCACUUCCAAUCUUUGGAACUCAGAUGGUUCAGCUUCUCUUAGUACUGUCCUCCUCUGUGUUUGUUGGUCGUCUUGGCGAAUUUCAGCUGGCGGUGGCGCAAUUGGGAGUAUCCCUGGGGAAUGCGACCGGUCACUAUGUGGUCAACGGCCUGGCGCUCGGACUUGAGACCCUGUGCGGCCAGAGCUACGGCGGGAGCGAACUGAUGGAAGUCGGGCGGACGGUGCAGUGCGCCCUGGUGGUGCAAUUCGUGCUGGCGGGUGUGGUUAGCUGCUUGUGGCUCAAUUCCGAGCCGCUAUUGCUGGCGCUCAAUCAGGAACCUGCUUUGGCGGCAGGAGCUGCCAAGUACCUCAAGUACCUGAUACCAGGCCUGAUGGCGAACGCGUGCCUGCAACCACUGUGCAAGUACCUGCAGUCCCUAGAGAAGCCACGGCCGUUCGCGGUCUGCUCGGCGCUUGCUCUAGCGUUGCACGUGCCGACAAACUGGCUUCUCAUACACAAAUGGGGUCUCGGGCUAGAGGGAGCAGCCAUGGCCACAUCCAUAGCGUACAUCGUCAAUCUGGUGCUGCUAGCGGGCUACACCGUCUUUUCUGGAGUCUACAAGUCAAGCUGGCCCAAGUGGUCUCUAAGCAGCCUCAAAAAGACAGGGCCCUUCCUCAAGCUCGCAGUCCCCUCCAUGAUUAUGCUCUGCUUGGAGUACCUAACAUACGACAUUCUGAUCAUCUGGUGCGGAUGGCUCCCAAACCCGACCCGGACCGUUGCAGCCUUCUCCGUAGCAUUGAACACAGCCUGGCUCUUCGCCACCCUCUACAUCGGUCUCAGCAGUGCCCUCAGCACACGUGUCGCCACCGAAUUGGGCGCCAAGGACGUGGAGGGCGCGAAGCGGGUGGCGCGCGUAGGGAUGCCCCUCGCGGCCGGCUUCGGGCUGGGGUCCGGCCUGCUGCUCUUGGCCGUGCACCGCUGGUGGCCGCGCAUCUUCAUCGACCGCGCUGACGUCGCGCUCUUCAAGCUGACGUCACAGGUCAUCGUCAUGUACGCGUUCGUGUGCAUCGAGGACUGCCUCUCCUUCAACCUGGGAGGGAUCGUGCGUGGCUUGGGGCGGCAAGACACGGGCGCAGCCAUCACGUUCUCCAGCUACUACGUGGUGGCCCUGCCGCUCGCCUGGUACUUCUGCUUCAAGCGCAACAUGGGCGUCUUCGGCCUGUUGUCGGGAGUUGGCGUCGGGUUGCUAUUCCAGGUCACCGCAUUGGCAGCGGUGGUGCUCACGACUGACUGGCAGAAGAUGGCCGACUUGGCCAGUGCGGCUCAGGCGCUACCCGAGGCGGAUUCAUCACCCGGAACACUUCAAGGUGCAUGAGUUGGAUUCGAGGUUUCGAAGCAGAUAAGGUCAGGGGAAAAGCGCUGUCCAUAAUCUCUUAAGUCAAGAGCACAGGUGAAACCGAAUUUUACUGCGACUAUUUAUAGACUGUCGCGAACUUGACUAGUCCCAGUACUGGUUGAAGAGCAUCGUUCGUGGGUUAUAACCAAGGUAUAGGAUAAGAGCUCCGGGACUGUUCAAAGACUUCGAAGCCGUGCACUUGCGGCAAUAUUCUUUACUGGCAGCGUUGCCGAUUGCCGGGUCUGACAGUAAGGCUGGGUAAGCUGGUCAAUGAGGUCGUCGGUCGCAAAUGUUGGAAUGUUAAGUCCUGCUCAAAUGUUCCGAGUUCAGCA